AAAGAAGAGGAAGAGAAAGAGAAAUGUGUCUACGUAUAAACAGCUAGCUCUCAACACCUCUCUCGCUCUGUCACUCACCAAUAAAAGGGACCUCUUCCUCUUCCCUUUUGUCUUUCCUUCUCGUUAGCCUUUUCGGCUCCCUAUUUCGCUCACUGUAGGCACGCAUAUAUCGGUUCUUCCCCAGCACUCUUCCUUCUUCUUUCCCCUGUUUAUUAUAUAGUUCAAACUCACACGCACAAAUAAGAACCAACCCAGAGUAUUUGUUUAGAUUUGUUUACCAAAUACACUGAAAGAUCAGAAAGAAGAUGGGGUGCCCUCAUCUGGGUUUUCUUCUCAUGGUUUGCUGCUUCCUACAUGCGCUUCUUGCUUCUGCGUCGCACGGGAAUUUGCCAAUCAUGGCCUUUGAUGAAGGGUAUACCCAGCUUUUUGGGGAUGAUCAUCUGGUCGUUCAUAAGGACGGGAAAACGGUUCAUCUUUCUCUGGAUGAGAGGACAGGGUCUGGAUUUGUGUCGCAGGACCUUUACCUUCACGGAUAUUUCAGUGCUUCGAUUAAGUUACCAGCCGAUUACACUGCUGGGGUUGUGGUUGCGUUUUAUAUGUCAAAUGGUGAUAUGUUUGAGAAGCAACACGAUGAAAUCGAUUUUGAGUUCUUGGGUAACAUCAGAGGCAAAGAUUGGAGGAUUCAGACCAAUAUUUAUGGUAAUGGAAGCACUAGCGUUGGCAGAGAAGAGAGAUACUAUCUCUGGUUUGAUCCCUCAGAAGAUUUCCAUCAGUACAGCAUUCUCUGGACUGAUUCUCGGAUCAUAUUCUAUGUAGACAAUAUUCCCAUUAGGGAGUUCAAGCGAACAGAAUCCUUGGGUGGUGACUUCCCAGCUAAGCCAAUGACUUUGUAUGCCACAAUAUGGGAUGGGUCCGAUUGGGCUACAAAUGGGGGCAAAUACAGAGUUAAUUACAAAUACGCCCCCUAUAUCACCGAGUUCUCUGAUCUUGUACUUCACGGCUGCGCAGUUGAUCCCAUCGAACAUUUAGCAAAGUGUGACAAUGUUCAAAGUUCUCAGGCAAUUCCUACCGGUGUCACACCCGUGCAAAGAAUCAAAAUGGAGAAUUUUAGAAAGAAGCAAAUGACAUAUUCUUACUGCUACGAUCGCAUUCGAUACAAAGUUCCCCCGCCCGAGUGUGUGAUUAAUCCCCAAGAAGCAGAGCGGCUCAGGGUUUUUGACCCUGUCACAUUCGGGAAAGGCCGACGCCACCAUGGGAAACGCCACCACCGUAGCCGAGCAAGCCAGGCCGAUGCAACUUCCAUUUGAGAAGAAGAAGGCUGCAAUGUUUAUUAUUUUGUCAUAUGGGACAUUAUUGUCAUCUUCUUCAUUUCCCUCUUCAGUUUGAUUUAGCUUCUGUUUUGUGUAUAGAGAGAGAGAGCAUAGAUUUAUGGAGAGUGACAGAGAUUUAUAUGGUUCCUAGUGGUGGGUAUGUAUGUGUAUAGUUCAUACCUGUUAUUUUAUCAUUGAUCAUGUCUUUAUAAAUUGAAUUUGGUGAUGGUUUCUGUACUUUUAAUAUACACACACCCUCAUGGGUUCAAUAAUUAUUUAGCAUGUGGAGUUGCUCUCUC